AUGGAGAGGGUGGCAGUGGACAUCCUGGGUCCGUUCCCUCAGACACUGAGAGGUAACCGCUUUGUGUGUGUGACCAUGGACUACUUCACUAAAUGGCCGGAAGCGUAUCCGCUGCCAAACCAUGAGGCUGCCACCGUGGCAGGUGUGUUAGUGGACGAGUUCUUCGCCCGGUUUGGCGUGCCGCACGAGCUGCACUCUGACCAGGGCAGGGAGUUUGAGUCAGCAGUAUUCCGGGAGUGCUGCCAGUUGCUGGGCGUCAAGAAAACUCGUACUACACCCCUGCGGCCGCAGUCGGAUGGCAUGGUGGAACGCUACAACCGCACGUUGGGGCAGGAGUUGGCCAAAUAUUGCCAGGAAGGGCAGGAGGACUGGGACUUAAAAAUCCCCCUGCUUCUCUUGGCCUACCGGUCCGCCGUGCAUGAGGUGACCGGUUACACGCCAGCCCGGCUGAUGUGUGGGCGGGAGCUCCGGCUACCAGUGGACCUCGUGACUGGCAGGCCGCCGGAUGAAGACCUGCCCACUACCAUCACCCAGUACGCUACAGCCCUACAGGACCGUCUCCAGGAGGUGCACCAUCAGGUGAGGGGUAACCUGAAGGUGUCCGGUGAGGCGAUGAAGGACCGGUACGACCGCCGGGCAACGGCACCACCCUUUAGCGAGUGGGAUCAGGUGUGGCUGCACAACCCUCGGCGUAAGAAAGGAUUGUCCCCUAAGCUCCAGAGCCCCUGGGAGGGGCCAUACGUGGUGGAGAAGGUCAUCUCGGACGUCACCUUCAGGAUACGCCAAGGGCCAAGGAAGCGGACACUGGUGGUGCACGCUGACAGGCUCUGGGGUUACCAUGGCCCUGGAAGCUUCUCCUGGGGAGAGCGAGCUGCUCUCCUGACCAGUGACGAAGAGGAGGACAAGGACAAGGGCCUUGGGGACGACGAGCCCCUGGUGAUGGAGGAUGACGGAGACCUGGACCUGAGAGAGCCUGAGCCGCUGGUGAUGGAGGAAGGUGGAGCGGAUGAGUUGUGUCCCUUGGAGGGGGCACUGGCGGAUGUCGACGCUGGACCUGUAGUAGGGAGACCCAGACGGGAGCGGCAUCCACCCAAAUGGAGUGAGGAUUAUGUUCUUUGUUGA